UCAAAAUCAAGCAGUAGUAGCUCGACUUUGAUACAAAGCACAAACUACAUAUAUCAUCGUUCGGUGUUUUGAGAAUAACAUCUGGUGUUUCUUUUCACAAAAACAAAAAAAAAUCUGGGCUCAAGAAAAGAAGAACGAAAGGAAGAAAUGGGGAAUGAAGAUAGUAGCGAUAGUCAGGUGAAAGUAAAGGUGGAAAAAGGCAAGCCAACACACGGCGGAAGAUACGUGGAAUACAAUGUCAUGGGCAAUCUCUUCCACCUCUCUUCUAUCUACGCCCCUCCCGUUCAACUCCUUGGCUGUGGCUCCUAUGGCGUCGUCUGCUGUGCUACAAAUUCUGAAACUAAGGAAGAGGUCGCGAUUAAGAAAAUAGCGAAUGCAUUUGAUAACAGAAUCGAUGCUAAAAGAACCCUACGUGAGAUCAAACUCCUCUGCCAUAUGGAUCAUGAAAAUGUCAUCAAAAUUAAGGACAUCAUACCGCCGCCAGAGAAAGAAAAUUUUGUUGAUGUGUAUAUUGUCUAUGAGUUGAUGGAUACUGAUCUACAUCAAGUUAUACGCUCUUCCCAGGCACUGACUGAGGACCACUGUCAGUACUUCAUGUACCAGUUACUGCGUGGACUGAAGUACAUACACUCUGCAAAUGUUUUGCACCGUGAUUUGAAACCAAGCAACCUGCUUCUUAAUUCAAACUGUGACCUGAAGAUUUGUGAUUUUGGGCUUGCGCGAACCACGUCUGAGACAGAUUUCAUGACAGAAUAUGUUGUAACCCGAUGGUACAGGGCCCCAGAAUUGUUACUCAACUGUUCAGAAUAUACAGCAGCCAUUGACAUCUGGUCUGUUGGUUGCAUUUUAAUGGAAAUAAUUAAACGGGAACCUCUCUUUCCGGGUAAAGACUAUGUUGAGCAACUGCUACUUAUUACUGAGCUUCUAGGCUCUCCGGAGGACUCUGAUCUUGGAUUUCUUAGGAGUAAUAAUGCACGGAAGUACAUUAAGCAACUCCCUCAUGUCCCGAAGAAAUCUUUUGCGGAGAAGUUCCCAGAUGUAUCACCAGUAGCCAUUGAUCUUGCAGAGCAGAUGUUAGUGUUUGAUCCAUCAAAACGCAUAACAGUUGAGGAAGCGUUAAAUCAUCCAUUUUUAUCAAGUCUGCAUGAGAUCAAUGAGGAGCCAACCUGCGAGUCCCCUUUCGUGUUUGAUUUUGAGCAAGCAAAUUUAAGUGAAGAAGAUGUGAAGGAAUUAAUACGGUUGGAAUGUCAAAAAUUCAACCCAGAUAAGAUGCAGGAGUAGCAAGAUUUGUUUUUCAUUUCCUGUGGUAUACCAUUGGUGUCCUUAAAUGAGCAUUUUACAUAUACUUUUUUGGUGAGCAAAGUAUAAAGUGUUACUGAGUUUCCAGAGUGAAAGUGAUGUGUUGGGAUAGCUUCUUAUAUGUAUCGAACAGUUCAUAAAAAAGAAUACCGUUUAUUGGUUUGAAAGAAGAACAUAUCGUUGAUCAGUUUUAUGAGACAAAGUGGGAUUUAUUUUCGGGAA